CGCAGCCGUCGCGCGCAUCCUGUAGAGAGCCGGGUCGGUGUGUGAGGAUGGAUGGGACCGUAUUGACGGUGACUGUUUUGUUCCUCACUUCGUCUCUGGGUCUCUGCUCCUCUGACACGUACGUCCUGGACGAUAAUGCGGGACUUGGGAGAGUGUUUGACGGGAUUGGAGGUCUGAGCGGUGGAGGGGCCACCUCUCGGUUACUGGUGAAUUAUGAGGAGCCGUACCGGAGCCAGAUACUGGACUACCUCUUCAAACCGAACUUUGGAGCCUCUCUGCACAUACUGAAGGUGGAGAUCGGAGGAGAUGCUCAGACUACCGAUGGAACAGAGCCGUCCCACAUGCACUAUGAGAACGAUGAGAACUACUUUCGAGGCUACGAGUGGUGGCUCAUGAAAGAGGCCAAGAAGAGGAACCCAAACAUCACACUCAUAGGUUUGCCCUGGGCGUUCCCUGGUUGGGUCGGCCAUGGUAAGAACUGGCCCUAUGACUUCCCAGACAUCACUGCAGCGUACGUGGUGAACUGGAUCCUUGGUGCCAAGCAGUACCAUGACCUGGACAUCCAGUAUGUUGGGAUUUGGAAUGAGCGAAACUAUGACACCAAGUACAUCAAGCUGCUGCGGUACACUCUGGAUAAAAGCGGUCUGGAGGGGGUCAGGAUCAUAGCCAGUGACAACCUGUGGGAGCCCAUUGCCCUGUCUCUGCUUCUAGACCCUGAGCUGAGCACGGCUGUAGACGUGAUAGGGGCCCACUACCCAGGCACCACCACAGUGUCCGAGGCCCUGAAGACGCAGAAGACGCUGUGGUCAUCGGAGGACUACAGCACCUUUAAUGAUGAGGUGGGGGGAGGCUGCUGGGCUCGCAUCCUCAACCAGAACUACGUCAACGGACACAUGACGGCCACCAUCUCCUGGAACCUGGUGGCCAGCUACUACGAGGAUCUGCCGUUUGGCAGGGACGGGCUGAUGACGGCAGAGGAGCCCUGGAGUGGCAACUACGUGGUGGAGUCUCCGAUCUGGAUCACAGCCCACACCACACAGUUCACCCAGCCAGGAUGGACCUACCUGCAGACUGUUGGACAUCUGGCACAAGGGGGAAGUUAUGUUGCCUUGACUGACGGGAAAGGAAACCUCACUGUUGUCAUAGAAACCAUGACUCAUGAUCAUUCAGUCUGCAUAAGACCUCCACUCCUUCCAUUUAAUGUGACAUCCCAGAAUGCAACUUUCCAGCUGAAGGGAUCCUUUGCCUCCAUCAAGGAACUCCAAGUGUGGCGCUCCCAGUUUAACUUCAAGACCAAGAAGCCCUCCUUCUUCAAGAAACUCACUCCACUGAAGCUGUCAAAUGGAUCAUUCACCUUAAAUCUGGCUGAAGAUGAGGUUUACACUUUAACCACAAUUACAACAGGACAGAAGGGCAGUUACCCAGACCCACCUCCUUCAGCUCGCUUCCCUAAAGUCUACAAGGAUAACUUUAAUGUUCGAAACCCUCCCUUUUCCGAAGCUCCAGACUUUGCUGACCAGACGGGGGUGUUCGAGUACUACAUCAACCUGACUGACCCUGGACCUUACACCUUCACCUUACGACAGGUUCUGACUGAGAGACCCAUCACAUGGGCGACAGACGCGGACCAGACCAUCAGCGUUAUAGGAGACUAUCAAUGGCAGAACCUGACGGUCACAUGUGACAUCUUCAUGGAAAGUGUGAAGACUGGUGGUGUUUUCAUAGCAGCCAGGGUGGAUAAAGGAGGCCAGUCCAUCCGCAGCGCUAGAGGAGUCUUCUUCUGGGUGUUUGCAGACGGCACCUACAAAGUCACCAAUGAUCUGGCUGGUCAGACUGUACUUGCAGAGGGUCAGUCUGGAACCCGAGCAUAUGGUUGGCACACCUUAUCACUCACUGUGAAAGGACAGCUUGCAUCAGGGCUGCUGAAUGGAUACCCACUGUGGAAGAACGCUGUGGUGCUGAACCCAAACAACGGCUGGGCUGCCAUAGGAACACACUCAUUUGAACUGGCACAGUUUGAUAACUUUGCUGUGGUGGCAGAAUGAUGAUUUAACUGUGAAAUAAUGAUUUAUACUGUGAUGUUAAUAUUCUGAUUAAUUUAUUGACUUGAUUAAUGCCUUGUUUUAAUACUGAUGUGCCAAAUGUAGACUUGAUUUUUUUCUCUUUCUUUAAAAAGAUUUAAAAAGUUUUACACAAGAAUUAGGGGAACACAAAGAAACAUAACACUGCACCCUUUAAAUUUGCUUAAUGAGAUAAAUGUUAUUUUGAACUGAUUUUUUUUAUGAAAUAAAAGGAUUUUGUUAUAAAGUGCUUUUUAAUUGUUUAAAAGCAUUUGUGUAGUAGUAAGGGACAAAAUGUGCCUAGCUCACUGGAAUGAAAAUGAAGAGGUACUGUAUAUGUAACUGGAUGAAAUAAUGUGUGUUACCUGAUUUUCCAGCUGUUUUCAGUGAAAAGCACAAACAGCAGAAGCAGAUUAAUUUAAUUUCAACUAUCACUGGUUUAGAUACAGUAUCUGAGGAAAUUGUGGGCACUAGUUAAAGUGUAGGAUGUAGAAUGGCUCCCAAAUAGGUGCCAGGACACUAUGAAGGUCACAGGGACUCAAGGGGGGGCAUUUUAUUUGGAGAUUUAAUUGUAUCAAAGUGUGGCCAGAUCACAUCCUGUAUAAAGUCCAUGAUUAAGCCUAUGAUCAUGCUUGGAUAUUAUGUGUUCAGCGUCCAAAUCCGGGUCAGAAUGCUGCUUUACAUUUGUGCAACUGUAACUGACUGUAAGUAUUUGGACAAUUACACAUUUUUGUUCUUGGCACUACAUUAAAGUCUCAGUUUCA